UCCAGAGAGAAUUUAAGUAGACUUACGGAAAUUGGAUGCAGAAUUUUUAUUUGAAGUUGGUGAGAACAUAUUGAGAUAAAUUGAACACGCGGUUUAACUUUCAUUGGGAUCAUCCAAACUUCUGAAUUUAUACCGGACCGUUUUAAAAUGUGGAUUGAAAAGCUGUUUACAUUUGCAAUAAUUGUGGCCAACUUUUGGGUCUCCUGUGGCUUUCAAGAUGGCUGUAAAGAGGUCCAGCUAAUAAGUUAUGAUGUCACAGAGUUUGAUAGCAGAGGUGGUGGCGCCACUAUAGCUAGGACUGUCGAACCAGAUGAUAAAAAAACGUAUAGGAUCAAGAGUGGAAGUGAGGUCCGCAUAAGGUGUUUGUUGGACAUCUCAGUUGAUGCGAGGAAAAAUGUGCAGAACCAAUGGAGAAGAGGAUACACCACAGUGCUCUCUGACAACGACUUUGAGAUGAAAGAAAUACCAUUCAUGGAGACGACAACAAUGUACAGUCUGCGUAUAGAUGGAGUCUCGUCUAAACUUGGAGGAGUGUAUCGUUUCCUAUCAUGGAAUGAUUACUUAUGCAACAGUAUUGUUUCUGUCUACAUUAACUUGGAAAUUUACUAGACUGAUGACCAGGGCAGUAGGGAGGUAUUCCCAAGCAACUGAUUUACACCCUCAUACAUAUAGCCGGCCACUACUUUAUACCAUUUACCCGGGCAUUUACCUCAAGGAAAUAAUAUGGCCAUACAGUAACAUUUCUUUACAUGGAGACAUUUUCUUAAAUGACGGUUUUUUAUUUGUUUAAUUUUUUACGUGCCUGCUUUAUAGAAUGCAGAGUUUAGCAAAAUGAAUAUUUCUAGCAAUAUCAAUUCUUUAGGACCUCCCCACUACCCGACUACUAGCUGAUCAACAUAAUCAGUAAAUGUACAUCCCCCUAAUCUAGUUUGACAACAAGAAAGUCCCUCUUUGUACCACAUAUUCACAUUGUAAUGGAUAAUAACAACAUUAACACUGAGCGGUCUUCAACAUGAGCAUGAUAUCUGGCGACCUGAGGACUUGGGGACUUUUGAUUAUCAGAAAUUAUGAGAGGGUAGUAAAAUUGUAAAUUAAAUCUUGCUUCGUCGAAAUAAAAGUUUUUAAUUUAUGAAUAACUCAUGAAGCUUGUCAAACUCAUCAAGUUGUGUUUUCACUUGAAGGACGAUUUGAUACUGUAGUGUAUUUUGAUUAUUUUUAAAACAAUAUUCACAUGUUUCAACUAAUUUGCUUUUGCAAGUAUCAGAUACAA